AUGAAUCACCGGAUUGCUUACAGCCCCGAUCCGGUCUUGGCUUCCUUAAAGCCCGGACGGUUGGAAAUCGGACGCGUGCGCAUAUUUGCGCCUCGGUACCCAGCAGCAUCGCGUCAUUCGAUAACCAUCAACGCGCUUCAUCAACUCUCGGUCGCCCUUGACCAUCGCUUCAUACGAACUAAUCAUCGAAACAAAUAUCUGGACGGCACUUACACUAGAGUAAUAUCGAAACUUGCCAUCCGACAUAUCCAAAUCCAAAAAAUGAGCGAAGCAGCGAAGGCGAAUGAAAAAGACGGUAAAAAGGGAAACAUGUCAACACGUUCAGUCGCGAUCCAAACAGCCUUCAAUCGAGCUAUUUUAAAUGUAUUACGAUCCAUUACAUCUCAAUCGAUUUCUGAGGCUUUCCCUUAUGCAAAUCCGGAGGUUGUUAACACACUUGUAGAACAAACUAAAACUGUCUUUACUCAUUAUGCUACCGAUCGAUGGGAAAGUCUUGGAGAGGAGAGGUCAAUCUUAGAAUUAUGUGAUUUGUUUGACCGACUUGAGGCUUCUGCACGCAAAGAUUUGGAAGCUGGACUUGCUCCUCAUCGCCUGACACGCGACCCUCAACUAUCAAUUCCACCUCUUAUACUACAGCUGAUCAACCCUCUGUUAUCACACUAUGCUAGCGUUAUUGAAGACCAAAAGCGCAGAAAUAGAACACUUCAUGAUCAUAUUCUUAAACAGGCAAAUGAAGCAGAUCGACUAGAGAAGGAAAUUUGUGAAAAGAUGGAUGGUGUCAGAGCAUCAAUUGAGAAAUUGGAAAAAGCCAUUGACUGA